AUGGGGGAUGCUAGUCCUCGUAGCUACGUCCUGCCUUCUUUCAACCAUAACUCCACCGUGGUCGACCAAUCUUACUCCUCCAGCGAGCAACUGUUGAGGUGGGCCAAGGAAACGUACGGUGGGGUCUCUUCCUUUGCGGAGUUGGAAGAUCCUCAACGAAUUGUGUUCCAAGUAGGGAGAGAGCCCAGUGCAAAUGAAGACUGCAUCUUGGCGCAGAGUUUCAACGCUGAGCCGUAUCUGGAGGUAGAAGUACUUUCCCAUAAAGUGGAAACCUGCCUGGAUUCCCACAAAGCAUCUGGAAACGUGGCUCACAUCCUGUGGCUGCAAAAGAGCUCAUCAGGAAAGAGGAUGCAGACGGUGGAAGUGAACGUCAAAACAGUUUGCAAGGAUGGACGUUCGGAACAUAAAGCGGAGAUGCCCUUGGCUCUGUGGCUGAAGAGCAACCAAAACGUGCUGUGGAAAAUGGGCCAUGGGUUUUCAUUUGUACAACUCUUGGCAUCUGGUAAAUAUUCAUUUGCUACUUUCUCUGGGGUGCACAAUGGUACGACCCUCCCGGACAACAAGGAAGAACUGAUUCAAAAGGCCCGCAACAAUUCCUUUGUGGCUUCCUACACUGAAAUCCCUUCGGCCAAAACUAUCAGCCUGGAAUACAAGAGGAUAUGUGGCUCAACCAUCCUCACAACUUCCCCACCACCCCAAGCAGCAGAAAACCUGACCAUCAAAGUCCACCAGCUCAUCAACCUUUGCAAGCCGUGGAAGUGUUUGGAUAGCAGCAUCGAGAUCUCUCUUCUCAAACUUUAUCUGGCGGCUUUACCUACGCGGGUCGAUGCCAUCACCUUGAAAGAUCCCAGCUGCAGGGCAAGAGAUAACACAACCCAUUUUGUCCUCAAUAGCAUCCUGGACAAAUGUUCCACCCAACUUGAAGGGGGGGUCCAUGUGAAAAACCAGCUUAUCUUAACGCUGCCUGUGUCUCCGGGAAAAGUCACGGUGCCCUUUGAAUGCGAUCUACCAGAGAAAGUUUCUCUCCAGCUUUACGACUCAGAAGAUUUCGCCUCGCCGAGCAAUCCGGUGAUACAAGCUCACCAAGUAACCUACGUGGAGGUCUCACUCCGAACAGCCAUGAAACAGUUUUCUCUAGAAAUGGGAAACUGUUUCUUAAAGCCCCGAGACAACCCGCCUCAGCUGCUCUUUCACCAAGGGGUCUCUGUGAGCUAUUCGGUGGUGACCCUGAAAUCCCCCAGCCCGAAGACCAAACGCUUCAGCUUCACCUAUAAGCCAGCAGAGGAGCUGUGGUCCAUCAAUUCAGCCACCCUGGUGUGCUUGGUCCAUCUGAACGCCUCGAACGGCAAACUCCGAAACUACGAGGGCUCUUUGGAAGUGAUGCUGAAAAGCUACAACCCUGGAUCUCACAAUGAAGGCUUGAGGAUUAGCACCGUGCUGGGAAUUGCCUUUGGUGCUUUUUUGAUCGGAGUCCUGCUCACUGGAGCGUUGUGGUACAUUUAUUCGCACACUCGUCCCAUCACCAAGACCCAGCCGGCCUCGGCGAAUCCGCCUGCGUCGGAGAGCAGCAGCACCAACCACAGCUUGGGAAGCACCCAAAGCACCCCCUGUUCCACCAGCAGCAUGGCAUAGCACCCUGAAAACGGGGAAGCCACAGGGACUUCUCGGAGGGAAAGCGUCAGGACGGCAAAGCAGUUGAGUUCCAAGGUUGGCGAGGAAGGAUUCAGCUCCAAGACAGCGGGACUUCAGUUCCUUCCUCUUCCUACAUCAGCAAAGUUGGGUCUUUCCAGCCAGCCCCUUCAAAAGCUACUUCUCGGAAACUACUGGGACGGGUUGAGGGGCGCAGGGGUCCCACCCUCUUACUCUGGGACUAGCAAAUGUGUCCACUGGUGGCCGAGGCCUUCAAGAUUGGACUGUUGGAUUAGACUCUUCUCGUGUUUAGGUAUCAGGUGGUGAGUGGGAGACGCUAAUGGACUUUUGCUAAUUUGUUAAUCAGCGCGGUAGCUAACCCCGCUGCCAAAAGAAACCAGGGUGAGCUAGGUUUCAGGAGGUUUAUUUUGUCCCCAGGCUAAUUGUUCUGAACCGAGGCUUCCCGAGAGCAUGAAGCAAAGUCCUUGUCCCGACCAAAAAACCCUUUUAUUAAUAUGCUGUGCAUUCU